AUGGCAACCAGUCUUAGCUAUCUCGCACCGGUGUACAACACCCCCAGCCCGAGUGCCGUUGUCGCAGCCGUGCCCACGUCUGCGGUUGGAUCCUCGUCGGCCACUUCUGCCAUCGCGACCGCUAGUGCGACGAUGAGCAUGAACACCGCAUCGCCUUCGGUCGCCGGUGCUGCGACGUCUGCCACUGCAUCUGCUGCGCCGAUGAUGGCGGUCAGCACCGUGAAGAGCUUCCCGUUCCUGUAUCACAUCAACAUCCUCAUCCUCGUCCUCUUCGCGAUCUUUUUCGUGGCGAUGCUCCCGCGCGUCAUCUCCGCACGCCUCGCGCCUCGUGCGCGCUUCACCGGCUUCUUCCUCCUGUCCGGCGGAGGCUCUGCGAAUACGCCGCCUGCGCGCCGUCCCGCGGAGAACUUGCAACAUGACGAGGACGACACUCAGACGCUGCACAAUAACAACCCGUUCGAAGACGGACAGAGCAUGAUGAUGCCGCGCGACGUUUCACCAGUGGUAUUCGGCACGCCCGGGGGCCUCGGCGGUACGGGGCCUAUGCGUGUACGCAGCCUCCUCUCGCUGCACCCGCUCCUUGGCGCGAUUGCGAACUACUCCGUACUUCCGGGAUGGCCCUUGCGCAAACUCGCGGUCUUCAUCAUCUACUUCGGAAUCUACCUCUACGCGGGGCUGUACCGCAACAACCCGUUCGCAUCGCCGUACCGCGCGGCUGUCCUCGCAGUGUCGCAAAUCCCGUUGGUUGUGGCGUGCGUGAUGAAGAACAACUUCAUUCAGUACUUGACAGGCGUGGCAUAUGAGAAGCUCAACUACAUUCACCGCUUCGCUGGCCGCCUGAUCGUACUGGCUAUCAACGUUCACGCCCUGCAGUGGUUCUUCACAUGGAACCGCACGCCCGGAAAGAUCACCUCGGAGUACCAGACCGAUCUCGUCCGCUGGGGCACCGUCGGUCUCGUAGCCGUCGACCUUCUCUUCGUCGGGAGCUUGCCUGCGGUUCGCGCGAAGAGCUACUCGCUCUUCCUCGCAACGCAUGUUCUUGGAUUCUUCUGGUUCGUGGUGGCGAUGUACAUCCACUACCCACAGACGCUGCCCUACUUCGUCACCGCGUUCGUAUUCUACGGCUAUGACCACAUCGCCCGUGCGGCCCGCACUCGCGUCACCACCGCGUACAUCACUCCCCAGCCGGCACUCAACGGCGGAAGCACACACGUUGCACUGCCUGGCCUUACAACCGGCUGGCGCGCUGGACAGCACGUCCGCAUGCGGGUCGUGAACCCAUCGCUGCCUACGGGUGUUGCCCUCCCUCUCGCUGUCCUCGCCUCGCGUAUUCGCGCACACCCCUUCAGCGCAGCGAGCGCUCCCAACGCAAAUGGCCUAGAGUUGAUCAUCAAGAAAGUUGGCGGAAGCACGCGCUCGCUUUAUAGCCUGGCCGGUGGUGAAGAAGCGGCACUCAACGAGAAGAAGGCGGGAAUGGGGAUGCUCGCGGAUCCGGAAGCGGCGUUCGACGCGCGGCGUGUGAAGGUCGUGGUGGAGGGCCCCUACAGCGGUCCUGCGGCGCGUUUCGAAGCGUACUCUGGCCUUGUGCUGGUUGCGGGAGGGAGUGGUAUCACGUACACUCUCUCGCUGUUGCAGGAUCUGCUUGCCGUGCAUGCGCAAGGUGGCGCGGCCACGCGCGUCGUUGAGCUUGUGUGGUCAAUCACGGACCCCGGCUCGCUCGUCGCGCUACUGCCUACGCUGCGGGAGAUUCUCCAGCCCCGCGCGGCGCCCGCCGCUUCGUUGCAGUUGCGUAUCCGUGUGCACUACACUCGUGCACCACGCACGCCGCCGCCUCCUGCGGAUCUGUUGCCCGCGGGGCUUGCCCUGCUGCCGGGACGGCCGAGCUAUGGACGUAUCAUCGAAGAUGCGUGUGACGCAGUACGCGACUCAGUACAAGGCAGUCCGCGGGGUCUUGCGGUGACGCACUGUGGACCUGGAGAGCUUGGCUCACAGAUACACGGCGCUGUUGGAAACUUGAGCUGGUCGAGGUGGAAGGAGGCUGGUGGCGUAGAGGUGCAUGCCGAGUCGUUUGGAUGGUGA